CUUCCAAGAUGGACCUUCACCACCGGGCCGCCUUCAAGAUGGAGAGCUCGUCGUACCUGCCCGGGCCUCUCGCAUCUCCGGCUCUCAUGGUGCUCGCGUCAACAGCCGAUGCCAGCCGAGACGCCUUGGCGCCAUGCCAGCAGCCACGUCCGUUCGGCGCACCGGUGUCCAUCUCCGACAAAGAAGUACACCUCCCGUUCGCCAACGGCUCGUACGCCUUCGCCUCCGUCUACCACAGGCAGCCCAGCUUCGGGGGCCGUGACUUUGCGCCGUCUCUGCUGCACCUGCACCACCAGUUCGCCCCACCUGGCCUGGACUGCCCGCCAUCCAUAGGCGUCCUAAACCACGGUGCGGUAGGAGCCUUCCGGCCCUUCGCGUCGCCUCCAGAAGAGCGCGAGUCAGCCGCAGGUGCCUACCAAUCAGCUUUCACUCCGGCAAAGCGCCUCAAGGGCUGCCUGGAGGCAGAGGCCUCGCCGCACCUGCGCUACUCCGACGCAGAGGGUAAAGAGUACGACUUCGGUGCCCACGUGCCCUCGGGCUCACCAGGUGCCCUCAAGGUUGUGGAGGACAUCGGGAGAAAAAUCUUCGCCGUCUCUGGCCUGCUGUCCGAUCGCGAGACCUCGUCGAGCCCAGAAGACCGCAUCGAACGAUGCAAGAAGAAGGUGUCUCUGUACGACAGUCAGACUCCCAUCUGCCCCAUCUGCCAAGUGCUGCUGCGCCCCAGCGAACUGCAGGAGCACAUGGAGCAGGAGAUGGAACGGCUAACUCAUUUGCACAUUAGCAAGAACCCAUCACCAAAGGAUCUCAGCACAGCGCCAGGCACGCCCAAGUCUCUCCUGUUGUCAGUGCACAUCAAGCGCGAGGGCGAGUCUCCGGUAAUCUCGCCCCUCUCCUCCGACGACCCGCACCACUCUGACAGAUACCAGACGUUCCUGCGAGUGCGGGCAAACAGACAGACACGCCUCAACGUCGGCGACCUCUGCUGCCGCAGGCGCUACACCAAGGAUGCGCCCCGAGAUGUGGCCCUAGCUCCCUUCUGCCUUCGAGAUGCCCGGAUCGGCAAGCUGAAGCGACGAAAGCCAGAGGAUGGACAGGUAUGUCCUCUGUGCAGCACUCCACUGGAAGGGACGGUUGAGGAAAUGAAUAGGCAUGUGGAAGAGUGUCUGCUAAAGAGGGACGGCGGAAUGGAUGACGACCAGGCCGACAUGGACAGCGAAAACGGUACCCGCUUCGAGGAGUACGAGUGGUGCGGCCAGAAGCGGAUUCGAGCCACGUCUCUCCUAGAAGGAGGCUUCAGAGCAGGAACAGGCUUCGCCAUGUGCAGCGCGAAAGAGAGCCACGACAGCGACGCCGACCUGGACGUGGAUGGCGACGACACGCUGGAGUACGGCAAAGCGCAGUACACCGAAGCGGACAUCAUCCCCUGUUCCGGGGAGGACCAUGGGGAAACCAAAGAACGCGAGGCGCUCCGUGGCGCCGUAUUAAACGGUGGCAUGCCGUCCAACAGGAUAACGCCGGAAUUCUCCAAAUGGGCCAGCGACGAAAUGCCGUCCACCAGCAACGGUGAGAGCAGCAAACAGGAGGCAUCAGCGUCCAUCAACGUGCCCAGGACCUGCAAAAACAGCGAGAUAGACAAGAUCACAGAAGAUUCCACAGGCACCACACUCGACGCACUGAAGGCUCGCAUCCGAGAUUUGGAGAAGCAGAUCCUCCGAGGAGACCGAUACAAGUGUCUGAUUUGCAUGGACUCUUACACAGCGCCCCUCACCUCCAUCCAAUGUUGGCAUGUCCACUGUGAAGAAUGCUGGCUUAGGACUCUGGGAAACAAGAAACUCUGUCCGCAGUGCAACACCAUCACGUCGCCGGGAGACCUCCGCCGCGUCUACUUGUGAACGGCUCAGCAUCUCCCGCAUCCUUCCCUCAUCCCCCGUUCGUCCAGUUCGCUCCGGUGGAUUUAAGUUUCCCUUUUUUUUCCCCUCAGACUGACAAUUGUUUUUUUUUUUUGCUAACGAGGAGCGCCCGACGUAGCCCGCAGACCGCACGGGGACUCGAAAAGACUUUGUACAGACUCAGUAGGAGAAGCUCCUCCCACUUCUCACCCAGCCUGCCACUCCGCGCCCCCCCUUCCUCGUGGUGCUCCAUGUACGGUGCAGGCCUACACCUCUGCCCGCCUCCCUGCUUCGCUUUGGCACGCCUCCUCUGGCUUUUUAGAGAGAGCGUGUGUGUUUGUGUGUCUGUGUGUCUGUGUGUGCGCAGAAACAACCACCGAGUCGGUCCUCAGCAGAACUCUUUCCCGAUCGGGACCAAAAAAAAAAAAAAGAAUAAAUGAAAAGUAGUGGUUUACCCCUCUACCCAUCUGCCCCUCCCUCAUAAUUCACCAUUGUGCGGUUUUGUUUCUUUUUUUGUUUCCUUUGCAUUGAUUUUGAGAUUUUUCCUCCUUUUGUGGUGUUCUAGUGACGUCAACCAAACUCAAAUUCACUCAAGCAGCGCAAGCACAUGUAUAAUCGUCUCGUAUGUUUACGGUGUCGUGAGUAAAUGACAUAGAGAACACACUUGUAUACACACGCAUAGCGCACACUUAAAAAAAAAAAUAACAGAAAAAAAGAGAUUCAAACAGACACACAGCAGAACACGGACAUACACACGAGUAUAUAUUGUAAAGUCCAGUUUUAGUUAGGGCUGGGGUCGGGUGGGUAGGGGAAGGGCAGAUGUUUCAUUCUCGAUGGCUAAAGAAAUCCCUCUGUAUUUUUAAACAGAUGUUGUUGUCUUGAAGUUGUAUUUCAUUGUACAGGAAGAAAUUUAAUAAUGUUAAUAAUUAACUACUCAAACUAGGCUUUAAAGGUUUAGGCUGUAAAUUUUUUUUCACCUGAAUAUACAGUAUAAACUGUAGAUCCGAACCGGAAGUAAGAGCGUCUUUUUUUUUUUUUUCUCUCCUUUUUCCGUUUCACGCAAGCAAUUAAGAGUCCGGCUUUAAUUUACUCUUAAUCACCCUGAUUACUGUUCGUCUCGGGUGCGCUUCCAUUCCUCCUCGCCAAGAAGAAACGAGGAUAAAACAGCAGCUUCGACGCAGACAACGAUGACGACGCUUUUCUUUCUACACGAUGGAUCGGUUUAGCACUGGAAGAACUGGCAGUCGACCUGAUUCUUCUGCUCUCUCUCCAGGACUGAGAUGCUGUGCUUUUGUAUUUGUACAACUAUAUAUUCUGUGAUUUUUCUGUAUUGAUGUAAGCAAGGAAAAAAAAGAAUUCAAGAAAAGAAGGCUAAGUGCUUAUCCCGAUGCCACAAUAAAUGGUCAAAUGUU